AUGCCUACCUCUACAACCCCUUCCACUACCGCAUCACUUCCUCUACAAAGAUCCCUACCUCUACAACACCCCUUCCACUACCGCAUCACUUCCUCUACAAAGAUCCCUACCUCUACAACACCCCUUCCACUACCGCACCACUUCCUCUACAAAGAACCCUACCUCUACAACACACCCUUCCACUACCGCAUCACUUCCUCUACAAAGAACCCUACCUCUACAACACCCUUCCACUACUGCAUCACUUCCUCUACAAAGAACCCUACCUCUACAACACCCUUCCACUACCGCAUCACUUCCUCUACAAAGAACCCUACCUCUACAACACCCCUUCCACUACUGCAUCACUUCCUCUACAAAGAUCCCUACCUCUACAACACCCUUCCACUACCGCAUCACUUCCUCUACAAAGAACCCUACCUCUACAACACCCCUUCCACUACUGCACCACUUCUCUACAAAGAUCCCUACCUCACAACACCCUUCCACUACCGCAUCACUUCCUCUACAAAGAACCCUACCUCUACAACACCCCUUCCACUAAAGCAUCACUUCUCUACAAAAAGAACCCUACCUCUACAACACCCUUCCACUACCGCAUCACACCCUUACACCCCUACCUCUACAACACCCUUCCUCUACACAAGAACCCUACCUCUACAACACCCACUCCCUCCACUACCGCAUCACUUCCUCUACAAAGAACCCUACCUCUACAACACCCUUCCACUACCGCACCACUUCCUCUACAAAGAACCCUACCUCUACAACACCCUUACACUACCGCAUCACUUCCUCUACAAAGAUCCCUACCUUUACAACACCCUUCCACUACUGCACCACUUCCUCUACAAAGAUCCCUACCUCUACAACACUCUUCCGAUACCGCAUCACUUCCCCUACAAAGACCUCCUCAACAAAUGUCUAUUUUACUCUCCAGAUAUGUUAUGA